UGCAAUUGAGCCUGGACCAGCAACAAGAUCACAUCGAGGGAACCUUCACACAAAACAACCUCAGCUCGAUACGCAUAGGGAGAAACAAGAGGUCCGCUUGAACACAGGAUUUUACUAACGUUAGCAGUUUCUUCACAAAAAAACAACUAUAUAUGUACAUGGAGCGUAUCGUUUUUUUAUUUAUGUGAGACCUGUUUUUUUUCCGAUUGGAGAUCUGGAUUGUUAAGAACAAGGCAGCACAUCUCCCAGUUUGCACUAUUUCUGUAUUGAAAAAAUAUUUUCAGUUUGCAUUUGCUGAUCAAAAUGGGUUGUUGCACAGGACGAUGCACGUUGAUAUUUCUUUGCACUUUGCAGCUGCUGGCAGCAUUAGAGAGACAGAUUUUUGAUUUCCUUGGUUACCAAUGGGCUCCUAUCCUAGGAAACUUUCUUCACAUAAUAAUUGUCAUCUUGGGCCUGUUUGGAACCAUUCAGUACAGGCCAAAAUAUAUUGUGGUGUACUCUGUCUGGACCGCCUUGUGGGUUGCCUGGAAUGUGUUCAUUAUCUGUUUUUAUUUGGAAGUAGGAGGACUUUCAAAGGACACUGAUUUCAUGACCUUUAACAUCUCUAUGCACCGCUCCUGGUGGCGGGAGCACGGGCCAGGCUGUGUGAGGAUGGAGGUCCCGGCACCAGCCACUCGUAGCCUUGACGACCACUCUUACAUAUCUGUGACUGGCUGCAUCGUUGAGUUCCAAUAUCUGGAGGUCAUUCACAGCUCCUAUCAAAUACUACUAGCUCUGAUUGGUUUUGUAUACGCCUGCUACGUGAUCAGUGUCUUUACAGAGGAAGAGGACAGCUUUGAUUUUAUAGGUGGACUUGAUUCAUACACCUACCACCACUCACCCCUGAAAGCUUCUCCCGUCCAGUUAAAGCCUGUUUACCUAUCGAAGUAAAUGAGGAAAACCAGCUGAUUCCAGUUGAACAAACAUACUUCAGAAGAAAAGACAUUUUAUGUUACAGCUCACUGAAGAGACAAACAGAUGGAGAUAUAUAUUGAAUACUGUGUGUGCUUGUGUGUGUGCGUGUGUGUGCAUGUGUGUGUGGGCAAGUACUCUCACACUGUCAAGUCUUUGACCAAAUAUCCAAACUGCUGCUUGAUUACAGCAGCCUUUGGUAACCCUCAGUGUUUUAAACUGCGUUUUUUUUUUGUUAUUUAAUGUGAAAUGUGUGUGUAAAAGCAUGAGAACUGUAUUAUGACUUGCUGUGAAAAUAUUAUGAGACCAACAGUUAUUCAUUACUGUCGCCCACCAGAAGAUAUUUACAUUGCAUUAUGCAAUGAUAAGAAAGAGCUAGAUGAAUUUCAUGAACACCAACACAGACCAAAUAAUUGGGUCAGGUAUCACUGUGUAAAAGACAUCUCAUUUUCAUGUGGGAUUUUUUGUUUUGUUUACAGAUUUACUAACUUCUCUUUUGUAAUGUAAUGUUAGCAUUACUUCAUUUUUAAUGUCUUGCGAUUGUUAAAUAAUAUUUCUAUACAUGUCAUUUGACACGCUCUCUUUUGCAGUAGCUAAUUGUAAUUAACACAUGAACAUUAUACUGUAAUAAUUUUUUUUUUUUUUUUUUUUUUUAAUUGAGGCUGUGGCAAAAAAUAUGGGUCACAUAAUUCAACACACAUUUGUAAAUACUGUAAAAGACACUUGCCAGUGGUGAUUCUUUUUGUUUUGUUCUUUGCUAAAAGCAUCAGAAUAGUACUGUUUCCUUGAGUGUUAGGCGUAUUCUCUUAAAGGCUGUGUCUAAUUGGGAUUGUUAAUCUUGUGUCAAUUCAGAUACACAGAAAUACAUAGGCGUAGUGUGUAUAUACAGAUAAAGUUGGCCAAUUGUAUUCUGAACGUGUGAGGCCAAGUGAUCUUUUUUUUUUGUUCCAGAUAGAAUCGAUAGAAUGACAGUACUACUGUAAUUGCAUUAAAGCCCAAUACAUUUACUGUCAUGCAGAUGCUUUCGAACUAAGACCACUGUGCAAAUUUCAGUCUGAUGUCAGGCUGGUUUACAGAAAUUAGAGGUAUUUUGCUGGUGAUGCUGCUCCUUCAGGUAGACAAGAAUGCUACAUGUCAUAAUUGUAUUAUGCAAAAUUGUAUGCCCUAAAAACCAGGACUCAACAGAUGUGUCAUUGUCCUAAAUGUGUCAGGAAGUUUACCCUUGCAGUCUAGUUCUCUGUGACAACCACCAACUUCAGAACUGUUCGUGUAUGAAAUGAUUUGGCGCUUCCCAGCAGACUUAUUGGAUAACAAACAUUCCAGGCUGUUUGGUUGUCUCAGGACAACUGGACCACUGUGAUGUCACGAGACAUAAACUCUGUAUAAAUAACUACACAGCGAGGAAUGCUCAGCCUACAGACCAUAAAUACACGAUAUACAUAUUUGGAAUUCAAAAAAAUGAAAACUGGUAUUGUGAUUUAUAUAUAUAUAUAUAUAUAUA